UCUUCUCUCAACCGAAACUACACAACACAGUAAACACACACAACUCUUCAUGCGAAUGUGAAUGGCGGAAACCAAUGCUGCCAAUAUUCUCCUUCACAACCUCAUCAACAUUUCCAACCAAAUCUCUCAAAUCUCCACCUUUAAUUCCCUUAUCAAAACACAAUGCUUGGAUCUCAGCCGUAGGAUCACUUUCCUCAUUCCUCUCUUUCAACACCUCCUUAACGACGUCGUUUCUGUGCCCUACCACGCUCUCGUUUCGCUCCAACAAGUCUUUCUCUCCGCCAAACAAUUGCUCCUCUUUUGCUCCCAACCAAGCCAGCUCUACCUGAUAUUGGAAAGAGAGAAAAUUAGGUGCAAAUUCAAUGAUGUAGCUUCUCAUUUUGAACAAGCUAUAAGCGAGAUUUCCUAUGACAAACUAGAUAUUUCUGAGGAGCUCAAGGAGCAGGUUGCACUAGUGACUGCUCAGUUUAGAAGGGCCAAAGAGCAUUUUGAUCCACCUGGUCUUGAACUUUAUGAGCACCUGCUGUCUAUCUAUAACCAGAACUCUGAUGUGAAUACUGAACACUCUGCACUACAUUUAAUCUGUGAGAAGCUACAAUUUGUGAGUGUGGAGGAUAUCAAACAAGAGUCACUUGCUCUACAUAAGAUGAUUGUUGAUGGGGGUGGUUGUUUUGAUAAAAGCACGCAGGGAUUGUCGACGGUGCUGAAAAAAAUUGAAGAUUUUUUGUUGAAGGAAUCUGAAAACAUUGCUGUUUUGUCGAGUGUGGAUUUACCUCCUCAUAUUGAUGAGCCAUGUGUGAAGUUAAAUUGUCAGUUACCUGUUAUGCCGGAGGAGUUUCGCUGCCCAAUAUCUCUUGAGCUAAUGAAAGAUCCUGUUAUCAUUUCCACUGGGCAGACAUAUGAACGCGCUUGCAUAAAGAAAUGGCUUGAUUCAGGGCAUGGAACAUGUCCCAUCACUCAGCAGAUUCUUUCCAGCCCCAUUCUCAUACCUAACCAUGUUUUAUACAGCCUGAUAUCAAAUUGGUGUGAGGCAAAUGGAGUGGAACCACCUAAAAGGUUAGGAAACUUGCGGCUCUGUAAGGAAACAUCAGACGGCUCUUCUGAAUUUAUAGAUCUUGAUACCUUAAUGAGGAAACUUGCUUCUCGUGACAUUGAGGAUCAGCGUUGUGCAGCUGGGGAAUUCCGCCUUCUUGCCAAACAUGAUAGUCUAAAUCGAAAGUUGAUUGCUGAAGCUGGUGCUAUACCUCUCCUUGUUGAUCUCCUCUUUGUGUCUGAUGCUGGCAUCCAGGAGAAUGCGGUUACUGCUCUUCUCAACCUAUCUAUCUACGAAGAUAACAAAGAGUGCAUCAUGGCUUCUGAGGCUGUGGCGGGGAUCCUUCACGUGCUAGAAAAUGGUAGUAUGGUAGCUCGUGAAAAUGCAGCAGCCACCUUUUUCAGCCUCUCGGCAGCAAACGAGAACAAAGUUGCAAUUGGUGCAUCUGGAGCAAUCCAGGCGCUAGUUACUCUCUUGUGCGAAGGAAGUCAAAGAGGAAAGGUCGAUGCUGCCGCAGCGCUAUUCAAUUUGUGUUUUUACCAAGCUAACAAAGGACGUGCUAUUAAGGCUGGUAUUGUGCCCAAGUUAAUAGAAAUGUUAACGGAACCGGAUGGACAGAUGAGGGACGAGGCAUUGACAAUCAUGGCGAUGUUAGUUACCCACCCUGAUGGAAAAGCAGCAAUUGGAUCUAUGAAUGCUAUUCCCACUUUCGUGGAAAUUAUCAUUAAUGGAUCUUCUAGGAACAAAGAGAAUGCAACUUCAGUGCUUGUGCACGUCUGUCGUGGAGAUCCACUACACCUGUCAACUGUUGCUUCACUUGGAGUGAUCAAUCCUCUCUUGGAAUUGGCGGAAAAUGGUUCGGAAAGGGCCAAUCGGAAAGCUGCAGAGCUUCUUGAGUUGUUAGGCAUUUAUAGACCAGUGUGAGUGAAUAUACAUGGCAACUGACAGCUAGGUUUUUGGUGCUGCUGUUGUCAAUGUAUUUUGCAACUGGGUAUAGAUAGUAAAGGAUAUGAUUUACAAUAGAUUACUAGAAAAAACUAUAAAAGGUUAGCAAUUUUCCUUUUUAUUUUUUAGUUAAAAGGAAAUUUGUGAUUUUCAAUCAACCAAUUAUUUUGUUGAAUUGAAUCGCUUGUUUUGGAAAGCUGGUAACAAGUGUUUAGACAACAAUUUCACAUUAGUUAAAGUACAGAUAUUUGUUCUAUUGUUGAAAGUAUCAUCAUAUGAUUACUAAUUUUAGUGUCAGUUUGGGUUA